AGGAAGUCAUGCAGAAGGAUUCGCUGAAGUUUCUUUAGCGUACUUUUGACAACAGGGUGAGGACAGAGUGUGGGGCAAUUUCGGUUGGUGUCCCAUGAAACCUGCCUCCUUGACCAAGUCUUUGAGUUGAUUAUAAAUGAGAAGCCCCCAAACAGCAACAGCAUCUUUCUCGACAAAGAUUCCGAGAAGCGCCAUCACCCUGAGAAGGACCUUCACUGGUUGCACAGAGCAAUCCAGAAACAGGUGUCCGAAACCACAGUCAGGAUGUGCUCCAUCAACCGAAAUGCCAUCAAGGCGUUCCUGCAUCGCAAUUCUUUUGUGAUCUUUACCAUGGUAGCAGUUGUAGUAGGAAUCAUUCUGGGAUUUGCUGUGCGACCUCAAAACUUAUCUGAGAGAGAAAUUAGGUAUUUAUCCUUCCCUGGGGAGUUACUGAUGAGGAUGUUACAAAUGAUGGUCCUUCCACUUAUUGUAUCCAGUCUUGUAACAGGUGUUUCAUAUUUGGACAGUAAAGCCACUGGAAAGAUGGGAGUGCGUGCAAUCGUUUACUAUGUUGUGACUACUUUUAUUGCCGUGUUCAUUGGUAUUGUCAUAGUGACUGUCAUAAGACCUGGAAACGGCCAAAGAGACACUCCGAUGUCUGAUAGUAGCAGGGCGGAUACAGUGACAGCAGCUGAUGCAUUUCUUGAUCUUAUUAGAAAUAUGUUUCCCUCUAAUUUAGUGGAAGCUUGUUUUAAACAGUACAGGACACUUUACAAGAAAACCAUUUUGACAAGGAACAUCACUGUUAUGGUGAAUGCAAGUGACAAUGUUAUAAAUACCACUGCGUUAGGCCAAAUGGGAAAUUACAGCACAGUCCUGCAGACGGAGACAAUAGAGGAGAUCUCUCCAGUCUCUGGCUCUUCGAAUGGAGUGAAUGCUUUGGGGCUAGUGGUGUUCUCAAUGUUCUUCGGCUUCGUGAUCGGGAAUAUGAAGCAACAGGGCCAGCCACUCAAGGAUUUCUUCGACUGUCUCAAUGAUGCCAUAAUGCGCUUAGUUGCAAUCAUCAUGUGGUAUGCUCCAGUUGGGAUUCUCUUUCUAAUUGCUGGGAAGAUUGCUGAAAUGAAAGACAUGCUACAAGUUGGAGGACAGCUAGGGAUGUACAUGUUGUGCGUCAUUGUCGGUCUGUUGAUGCAUAGCAUUGUUGUUCUGCCUCUACUUUUCUAUUUGAGUACGCGGAGGAACCCCUACGCCUAUAUUUGUGGUCUGCUCCAGGCUUUAAUUACCGCCUUCGGAACAUCCUCAAGUUCCGCCACCCUUCCUAUCACCUUACGCUGUUUGGAGGAGAACAACCAUGUGGACAAACGUGUUACACGCCUUGUUUUGCCUGUGGGCGCCACCAUAAACAUGGAUGGUACAGCUCUGUAUGAAGCAGUUGCUGCCAUUUUCAUAGCUCAAGUUAAUGACAUGGACCUGAACUUUGGACAAAUCCUUACCAUCAGUAUCACAGCAACUGCUGCCAGCAUUGGAGCAGCAGCCAUUCCACAGGCUGGCCUGGUAACCAUGGUGAUUGUAUUGACAUCCGUAGGACUGCCCACCGAGGACAUAACACUCAUCGUUGCUGUGGAUUGGUUCCUGGAUCGCCUCAGAACCGUCACCAAUGUGCUGGGAGACUCGUUAGGAGCUGGUAUUGUGGAACAUCUGUCAAGAGAGGAGCUGCAGAACCUGGAUGCUGGGAUCAGCAGCUCUGUGAUUGAGGUCAAUGAAAAACCUUACCAGCUAAUCUCCCAGGAGGAUGAUUGUCUCAGACAUCCAAACAGUGAAACAACAAUGUAAUGAGCAUUAUGUUGAACAUCAUCUAGAAUGGUAACAUGGUAUUGUUAGUGUUGUACCAGCAUGAACGGUUAAUUAAUAAAUAAAUUAAAUAAAUAAACUUUA